AUGAAUCCGCGGAUUCUCCCUUCGGAAGUACGAGUCGCUAUCAAGAGCAUGAAACCUGGCACAGCCCCAGGACCUGAUUUUAUAUCAGCAGACUUUCUUCGGGCUGGUGGCCAUCCGCUUCAUGUAAUCUUAGCAGCGCACAUGACAUCCUACCUUCAGAAAGAAAGGAUCCCAGACCAGUGGAAGACCUCGCGAACCGUUCUUAUCCAUAAGAAAAGUGACCGAGAGGACCUUCGGAACUACCGUCCGAUAUGCUUGCUGAGCGUGUUAUACAAAGUAUUCACCAAGAUCAUCCUCACGCGCAUAUCUAGGACGCUGGAUGAAAUCCAGCUUCAAGAGCAAGCUGGAUUCCGCCAAGGGUUCAGGUGCUUGGAACACAUCCAGAUCAUAUCGAGGGUCAUAGAGGUUUGGCGGGAAUACCGCCUGCCCUUUGUUCUAACCUUCGUCGACUAUGAGAAAGCAUUUGACAGCGUAGAAACGAAUGCAAUACUGUCAGCGCUGGCCGAUCAAGGUGUGGACGCGUCGUAUGUGAGGACAUUAGCCAACUGA